AGAGGAGACUGUUUUUGACCCUGUCCCUGAAUUUACAGCUGAGAGAACAUGGCAACCCAGAAAACCAGGAGUGGAGGGUGACCCUGCGGGAGAAAGGGGUUCAUCAUGGCAGAUGACCUGAAGCGAUUCCUGUAUAAAAAAUUACCAAGUGUUGAAGGGCUCCAUGCUAUUGUUGUGUCAGAUAGAGAUGGAGUGCCAGUUAUUACAGUGGCCAAUGAUAAUGCUCCAGAGCAUGCUUUGAGACCUGGUUUCUUCUCUACUUUUGCCCUGGCAACAGACCAAGGAAGCAAACUUGGACUUUCAAAAAAUAAAAGUAUCAUCUGUUACUAUAACGCCUACCAGGUGGUUCAAUUCAAUCGUUUACCUUUGGUGGUGAGUUUCACAACCAGCAGCCAUGUCAAUACAGGAUUCAUUGUCAGCCUAGCAAAGGAACUUGCUCCAUUCUUUGACGAACUGAGACAAGUUGUGGUAGCUUCUUAAUCUGGCAGUGGUUUUGAUGUUCACCUUAUUUUCAUUAUAACAGACACAAUAUCAAUUCAGCAAUCUUGAGACACAACAAUACUUGUAUCCAUAUACUCAAGAAAGGGCCCCUUUCCC